UUUGAACAAAUCAAUAUUUGUAGAAAUGCGGUAUCUCGUGAUUCUCGCCGAUCGAUCUUUUGUAUUCAUAUUUAUGAAACUUUAUUUUUGGACGGAGCGAACACAUAGUAGUAGCUAGCCCACUAGGAUGAGGACAAGGCUUUGGCGCCGUGCACCGCCGGUGAUCGGCCUAAGCUCCGAUCACGAAUCAAACUCUUCCCAAAAGUCGCAGGGGGGGAAAUGGGAACGAGAAGCAACUUGUACAAGAAUCCCUCCUUUGUGUAUAACAAAUCCUUCAAUCUGAGCUCCGUUCUCCGGAAUCUCGAUGCUUACAAUGUCGUCACCUGCAACCCUCCCGCGCCUCCGACGGUGGAAAAGCCCGAUUCCGACGACACUGGUGCCGUACGCCGCAAACGCCGACGGACUGGGAGAAGGAAUCCGGUUGGGAGCAAUGAAAUUGUAGCGGAGGUGAAUGAUAAGCCAUUGUCUCACCAGGAAUACAUCGAUGAGAGAAGGAAGGAGGUUGCUUCGCGUCAUCCUUACGCAGAACUGGGCGCGGAUGUACUGGAGACCUCGAGUUCAGUUUUGAAGCUGGUAGAGUACGAAGGUGGAAAAGUGAGUUUUCAACUUCUGGUUAAGGUUUUUCACUUGAAAAUUGGUAUGGAUUCAUUGGCUGAAAUAGUUUAAAUCUGCUGAUUUUUCUAAAAAAAAAUGUUGGGGGAGAAGCAACAAGUAGGAUACGACACCUACAAGGAUCAACUUCAAGACAACCAACCAAACACUUGACCCAAUUUACCACAAUUGAUUAACCAAGCACACAAAAUCAGCAGCACAUCAAAUAAACCACAAUCAAAUAUGAAGAAUAAAGAUGCAAACGACACACGAUUUUUAUACGUGGAAAACCCCUUUGAUGUGAAGGAUAAAAACCACGGGACUUA